CGAAACAUGUUUAACAUUACAUUAGAAAAUGGAACAGAGCUGGAUGUUAAGAGCACAGCGUAUGCACUGGUGUUUGGAUCUGUUACAAUGCUGGGUCUGCCUCUCAAUGCUGUGUCGCUGUGGAUUCUGUUACGCUGCCACAGCCUCAAAUCCCCAAGUGCUGUUUUCAUGGUCAACCUGGCCGUCUCUGACCUGCUGCUCGUCAUCACCCUGUCCAUGAGGGUCUACUUUUACGCCACGGGCACCUGGCCUCUGGGCCGUAUGGCGUGCACCUGGACCACAAUGCUCUUUCGCAACAACAUUCGCUCCAGCUCCAUCUUCAUCACCUUCAUCAGUGUGGACCGGCUGCUGGCUGUGGUUUAUCCUCUGAGGUCACGCCAUCUUCGGACCUCUUCCAACGCCGCAAAAGCUGUCGCACUCGUCUGGCUGUUUGUGUUCGUGGUGAACAUCCCAGAGGGCCGGGACUUCUACAUGUUUUUAAACCACCACAAUGAAUCCAGCUGUUUUGAAUUUCGUCACAAUCUGCAGCCCAGACCAACCUAUCUUCAGCCUGUGUUGGUGCUCACCUUGCUGGCAGUCAACAUCGUGUCCACGGCUCUGGUGUCUUGCACUCUACGCAGACGCCUGAAUGACUCCGCAAGGGUCAGCAACAAGGUGAAUGUCAUGCUGAUUUUUGCCAUGAACUUGAUGAUGUUCACCAUCUUUUUCUUGCCUGUGUCAUUGCUGGUUUGCUUUAAGAGCUGGAGACCUGCUCGCACGCCGCUGAUAUGUCUUGCGAGUGUGAACUGCUGCCUGGAUCCUCUGUUGUAUUACUUUUCUUUUGAUGGUUUCUGGAAGAGCAAAGAGGAUGUGGACACCUCUGCUGCAAGAGAAUAGAAGCUAAUAACAGCAAACAGGGACAGGUGGUGUUAAAUACUAUUUAAGGCAUUAUUUGUGUGCCAUGUGUGGAUGUGCGACAUGAAGGUCAUGGUGAAAAACUGAAUUAUGGUAUAUUGUGUAAAUAAAAUUCUCACUUUUA